CAUGAAAAAAGACGUGAGAAUGUAAUCAAAUAAUUAAAAUAUAUGUCCAAAAAUAUAAAUCAAUGUAGAUGACAUGUGGAAUUAGCGUUCCUGUUUACCAAAAACUAAAUAGAAUCCGUGGAUAGCACUAAAAUCUCCAAUAUGGCUACUAAUAACAUAGGAAUUGACUGGUUGCGUACCAUGGUCAGUCAUGGAGUUGGGGUGGACUUUGAUAAUUCUUCAGAUCAUCCAGGAACAUCAAAUAUGAAUCAAUAUGAACAAAUGGAUAGAACAAAUGCUACACUAAAGAGAAAUCCUAAAAUGGAACUAUCAAAAAAUGAUCUCAUAAAACUUGUUACUUAUUUUGAAGGAGAAAUUCAAGCUAGAGAUAUAGUUAUUGCAGCUCUUAAGUCCGAAAGGCUAAAGCAAGUAGUCAAUGUAGGAAGAUAUCGACCUGUGGUAUUAUCAGAUCCAUACACAGCUCUACUUAGGGAUAGUAUCGCCGACGGACCAAAUGUAAAAUCACCAGUUAGUGAAAAAGAAAUGGCGCAGGCAGCUGAGCAGCAACUUCAGGCUUUUGGGCAGCUUAUUUUACAACAACGCUGGGCACACCAACAUAUGAUGAACAUACUCAAAGAAGCUGAGAACAAACAUAAGAAAGUUAUACAAGAAUUAGAAGAAGAAAAAUGUAAACACGAGCAUGACACAGCUCAGGGAGACGACAUCACAUAUGGACUUGAAAUGGAAAGGACACGCUUAAAGCAAGAAUUAGAGUUAGAAAGAAAUACGAGAAAAAAACUUGAAAAAGAAAUAAAAAGGCAGUUAGAAGCAGCGGACGAAGAAAGAGCAAGACAAAAACAGAUUGUAUUACUUCUGUUGUCUGAAAGAAAGAAAUUAAUUGUAAAAUACAUUGAGGAGAGAAAACGAAGUGAAGAUUUAGCACAGAUAUUAUCAGAAGAAAAAUCUCGCAUAGAUACAAUGGCAGAAGGUCUAGAAGAAGAGAGUAAAAAAUCACUUCAAAUGGAAGCGGAAUUGGAAAAGCAGCUUCAUGUCUAUGAGGAUGAAAAACGAACUUUAAGAGCUCAGUUAUCAGAAAAGGAAGUUAGGUGCCAAGAGUUAGAAACAGAAUUACAAAGACUUAAAGUUGAAUUUGAAGUUUUGCGAGGUAGGUCUUCUGUACCGAAUGAUGGUAGCGCAGCGAUGAUCAGCAGCGUUGCCAAAGUAGUCCAGCCUACAGCAACAGUGUCUAGUGUACCCGUUUCUGGUCCAACCACAGGAAUUGCACAGUCAGUGCUGCCAGGGCAAGCUCUUCGACAAACAGCAAUAGCCCAAUCCCCUAGUAUACCGAUCAAAGCAAGCACUACAACGUCAUCACCCACACCCGGAAUAACGCAAACCCCCCUAAUGCGAACUCCUCCCAAAGUUGGAGGUUAUCAUGCGCAAUUCCAGACCCCCGCGAUGGCUCCCCACACGCCACCGAAGAAAAACGCCGCCGCGGCUAGAGGUAUGCCGCCUCCAAUACCUCCGAAUAAACCAGUAAUUCCUUCCAAGACUUCCAGCUCCGUGCGGAGGCCCGACACUGGCGGAGAAAUAGAGAAGAAAAAAACAAAUGUACCUGUUAAGGAUGGGGAGCCCUUACGACCAGGGCAGGGGAUUGAGAUGUUGGGUCAGGAGUUAGCUGAUUUUCAACAGAUGUUUGUGACAAUGGCAACUAGUAAUAACACUUAAAAUGUAAAACUGUUUCUACAUUCUUUAGACGAAAAAAUUGUUGAGAUUGUGAAUGCAGAAAAGUUGUGAUUAGCUAAAAUUUUUAUUUAUUUUAUUUAGAAUAUAUCUUCAUUGGAAACAAAUUAUAUAGGAGAA